AUGCUUCAGAUCAGGCAACAACAGGCCAAGAAUUGUGCGCACCGUCAGGAUGGCGUUUGCUGGGACAAAUGUCAGUUUGUCCCAGCCGGAUAUAACGGAAAAAAACUGACGGAGCGCAUAGACGACCUGAAGCAGAGAAUCGCUGCUUGGGGAAAGCGAAUUCGGCGAUAUACCGAGAGGUCGACACGGUUCAACCAGAAUCGUCUCUUCCAGAGUGAUCAGAAGAGGCUCUAUGAAUCAUUGGAGCGACCAAUGGUAAGUGGAACGGGUCCAGCACCGAAUCAGGCCGACACUGUAGCAUUCUGGCGCGGCCUGUGGUCAGAGCCCGUAAACCAUAGCGAGGGCCCUUGGACGGAAGUUGUGGCGAGUCAGUGUGCGGGUAUUACGCCCAUGGACCCCGUCAUCAUAACGCCGGAUGACGUAGCUGAGGCGGUCCGUAGGGCCCCGAACUGGAAAAGUCCGGGGCUUGACGGGCUGCAUCUCUACUGGCUGAAGGGGUUCAUGGUGUGUCACUCUGUGCUCGCCCGACAGUUUCAAGAGGCUCUCAAGCAGAAGUCGCUCCCAAGCCUCUUCACUACUGGGAUCACUCAUUUGGUUCCUAAAGACCAGG